GGAGCAUCGAUCGGGCCCGGUUUAGUAGAGAGAACGAGAUUCGUGAGAGUGGAGCAUUUUUCGAGGAAGACAAACUGGUUGUGUGACGAAAGGAAGGAAGGACGGAAACGAACAACGAGUGGACGACAAUCAAAACACAUUUCUCCAGCUGCUUGGUUGAAAGAUUAAAAAUCCUUGCGCAAUCGAAGGAUUCCGGGAAUCUGGGAGUGAAACUUUCAAACGGGAAGUGAAAGCCAACCUGUCACAAGUGGAAGAAUCAAUAAACCCCAAGCCGAACGGAAGUAAAACAAGGUGACAAGUUCGGGGAGUGUGUGAACCUUCGCUUCGGAGAUAAAACAUUUCGGUGAGGAGAGUGUGUUGUAGGGAAUCAACCAUCGAUUCGGUGGAACUUUCCAGCUUGAGUUGAGUUGUUCCAGAAAGUGUCAAAAAGAUGAAAACUUUUGCGACGUGCUUCCUGCUGAUUGGGGCUUUGCUGGCCGUGGCUCGCGCAUAUCCAGCGAGCGAAAGCAAACACAGCGACCCGUCGGACGAUGCGGAAUUCAUCGUAGUUCCACUGGAGCAUCAGAGGCCAUCCUACUUCAACCGGUACCCGAGCAGUUUCGACAGCUUCGAUGGAGUCGUGGACACGGACGAUUUCCCCCAUCCGGGCCAAAGUCCGGUGUUCUUCCCGUCGGUCAACCCGUUCACGUGGCAGUUCUCGUCUUACCUUGACGAUCUGGUGAAGCGUCUUCGUGACCGAUUUGCCGGCUCGUGGAAUCCGUUCUACGGAGGCAGCGACUUCUCGCACACCGGACCCGGCGUGUGGCCAAUUGAGAUUCCCGAUGAUGAUUCUUCCGAAGAUACCCAGACCAAUACGACGUCGACCGUCAAGAUCAUCGAUGGACAUAAGGUCAUUAUUAACGAUACGUACUACACUAAGAAGACCGAAUACGGAACCUCAGUCUAUAAGGUGCGCGUAAUUGACGUCAAGCCAGCGGAAGAAGGAGAAACUGAGAAGCCAGCCACCGAAGACAAACCGGUGGAAAGUGGAAACCGCAACGGAUCGGAUAACGAUGAAACAACCACCAAGAAGGAGGUCGAAGGUGAACCCGACAAUAAGGAACCAACUACUGAAGCACCAAGACGCGAUACCGAGCUGGAUUCCAGUGAUGAGGAAGCCGCCUCCGUGGAUGAUAGCGUGAACUCCAUUGACUCCAACAGGGACAUCGACGCAGCCAAGAAGGUCGAGACCGACGCUCUUAGCGUGCAGGAAUUCGGCGAAGAUUCACUGGCCGAACUUAAAUCGUUGGCCUUAUCGGAAUCGGACUCAGUGGAGCGCAAUGUCCUAACAAACGCACCCCACAAGGAUCGCGAAGAUGCCAGUUCAGCCGAGCAAACCGAAGAAGAGUACUUCUCACCGGACGAAUGGAAGCAACAUCAGGAUGACCGGAAGCGUAUCGUUGUCAGCGUGAAUGGAGUCACCCGGUAUCCUGUUCGGAACCAGAACCAAUUCGAUGCCGAUCCUUCGGUGGCCAGCGAAUCGAUAGAUCUAUCGAAUGAUAUUGCCAUCAACGAUAUGCUGGCCGAACAGUCGAUACCUCUGCAUCCCGAUGUUGAGGUGUUUGCUCCAAAUCGCCGACGUCCAGCCCAGCAAGAUCCAAUGCAAUCAUUCCCAGUGUUCCCGGGAAUCCCACAGCCAUUCCCCGGUGGAAACCAAUUCCCAUUCCCGAAUCAAUUCCCACAGCAGUUUCCGACUCGGUUUCCGCAACCACUUCCUCAGUUUCCACAGAGGCCAAUCGGCCAGUUUCCAAUGCAAGGAUUUCCGGUGUUUCCUCCGUUGCACCAACAACCCGGACCACUUUCGUUCGGACAAACUCCGGUGCAGCAGAUUCCGGUGCAGCAGCGACCGGGAGGAUUCGGUCAGCAAACACCAAUAUUGAUGAUGACGUUCCCAGCGAAUUUUCCAGCGAUGUUCCGGGACGUCAGACCAUGAGAUUAUUACUUAAGAUUCAAAUUAUUUAUUUAUUUAUUGAUUAUUUAUUGUUAGUUUCUAAGUUAAUGUUACGAACUAAGCCACCAAAGAUCAGGGAAAUUGCAAGAAAUUUUUCGAAUAGAAUUCUCGCUAAUAAGUGUACUACCAGAUAACAAAAUGCAAACGAAUGUGCACAAGAUUUGCAUUCUCAAUGAAUUUUCAAACAAUAAACAACUGACUGACUGACUGACUGAUUG